CUUUAGACUUUAGCGUUAUUUAACACAAGCUAGCUCAUGACUUAACAAAAUUACAAAACAAAAAUCAAAUCUUUUACACCAAACCAUAAACAAAAAAAAUGCACCGACCAUUUACCGGUGAUUCACCACCACCAAACUGUCUUCACGGAUGCUUCUCGUCGUCAUCAUUCUCCGGAGACGUCACCUCCUCCGAUCCACCUCAAGGUCCAACUCCCACCGUCACUUCCGCCACUCUCCGCCGUAAUUUUGCUCAAACCACCGCCUCCACUAUUUUCCCGGAGACCCAUUUCACCAACCGGAACUCUCUUCCUUCCCUUCAAGAAUCCUUCUCACAUUUCACCCAAGCUUACCCUAACUACACCGACACUUACAAGAUCGACCGUAUCAGAUCCGACCACUAUUUCCACUUGGGUUUGACACAUUACACGUGUCUCGAUUACAUAGGAAUCGGUUUGUACUCUUACUCACAGUUACUCAACUACGACCCUUCCACUUACCAGAUCUCUUCUUCCUUGUCUGAAAGUCCCUUCUUCAGUGUCUCUCCCAAGAUCGGUAACUUGAAAGAGAAGCUCCUCCGUGAUGGAGGUCAAGAAACAGAGUUCGAGUACUCUAUGAAGCGAAGAAUCAUGAGCUUUCUCAAGAUCUCCGAAGAAGAUUACUCAAUGGUCUUCACCGCCAAUAGAACUUCUGCUUUCAAGCUCGUCGCCGAGUCUUACCCGUUCUCGAAACGAAAGCUUUUGACGGUUUACGACUACGAAAGCGAGGCCGUAGAUGAAAUUAACAGAGUCUCUGAGAAACGUGGAGCCAAGGUAGCUGCAGCGGAAUUCUCAUGGCCAGGAUUGAGAAUCUGUUCGUCUAAGCUGAGGAAGAUGGUCACUGCUGGGAAAAGCGGAAGCGCUAAGAAGAAGAAGGGUGUUUUCGUAUUUCCACUUCAUUCUAGGGUUACUGGAUCGAGGUAUCCUUAUCUAUGGAUGAGUGUGGCGCAAGAAAACGGGUGGCAUGUUAUGAUCGAUGCUUGCGGGUUGGGACCGAAGGAUAUGGACAGUUUCGGUCUUUCCAUAUAUAAUCCUGAUUUCAUGGUGUGUUCGUUCUACAAAGUGUUUGGAGAAAACCCUUCAGGAUUCGGUUGCUUGUUCGUCAAGAAAUCUACUAUUUCGAUUCUUGAAUCUUCCACUGGCUCAGGUAUGGUUAAUCUCGUACCUACUGACGAUCCGGUUUCGUUACAGUCUUUGGAAAUCAGCCGGACACGAAAAGAAUCUGAAGAAGUAGAUGGCUUUAGUUCUGGAAUCGAAUAUAGAGGUCUAGAUCAUGUGGACUCACUUGGGUUGGUAGCAACAGGGAACAGAUCAAGAUGUUUGGUCAAUUGGUUGGUAAGUGCUCUCUACAAACUUAAACAUUCUACAACUAGCCGUCUGGUUAAAAUCUACGGUCCAAAAGUUAACUUUAAUCGAGGACCAGCCAUUGCGUUCAAUCUAUUUGACCAAAAGGGAGAGAGAAUCGAACCUUUUAUCGUGCAGAAGCUAGCUGAUUGCAGUAAUAUCUCUCUCGGACAAGGGUUCGUCAAAAAAAUAUUGUUCGAGGACGAGUAUGAAGAGGUGAAAGAUAGAGUUCUUGAGAAGAGAAAGAACGAACAGGGCAUCUCUGUUCUCACUGCCGCAUUAGGGUUUCUCGCCAAUUUUGAAGAUGUUUAUAAGCUUUGGAUUUUCGUUGCUCGGUUUUUGGAAUCAGGGUUUGUGGAGACGGAGAGUGUGAGAUGUGGAGUUCAUGUUUUUGAGCAAAAGGGCCGUGAAAUAGUGUAGUGUCUUUGUUGUAAGAGUUCUUGUACCUGUGGCCAAGUUCAGGUUCGGUUACCACUUUGGUUAUAAGUUGUAACUUUUAACAAUGAACUUUGCUUUGUUUGUUC